ACUAUAAAAACAACGAUGGAAUAUUGGUUGACAUACUCAGAAUAUAAAAGAAGAAAAAUAGUGAGAAGAAAAGAGAAGGUAUACUUGUUUAAAUUAAAGAUCAUACUAAGGAUGGAAAAGUGCAUAGCAAAGAGAUACACAGGGAAGGUAGCUAUAAUCACUGCAUCAACUCAAGGUAUUGGCCUUUGCAUUGCUGAACGUCUUGGAACGGAAGGAGCUUCUGUUGUUAUCUCUUCUCGCAAGAAGAAAAAUGUGGAUGAAGCAGUAGAGAAGCUAAAGAGUAAAGGAAUUAAUGUUUUAGGAGUUGUUUGUCAUGUUGCGAAUGCCGAACAGAGGAAAUAUAUGAUAGAUCAGACUAUUCAGGAAUUUGGGAAAAUAGAUGUGAUUGUAUCAAAUGCAGCAGUAAACCCGACUCCUGAUAGCAUCUUAAACACCCAAGAAUCUGCCCUUGACAAGUUAUGGGAGGUUAAUUUGAAAGCUCCAGUACUUCUAAUCCAAGAAGCAGCACCCCAUUUGACAAAAAGAUCGGCAAUUAUUUUCAUAUCUUCAAUAACAGCGUAUAAACCGAUGCCUUUAAUGGGUAUGUAUGGAGUCACAAAAACAGCACUUCAUGGACUUACUAAGGCUUUAGCAACUGAAUUGGCACCAGACACUCGUGUUAACUGCAUUGCUCCCGGUUACAUACCCACCCAUUUCGCCGGAAUCAUCACUAACUCUGAUCCUAUAAGGCAAAUGUUCGAGGAAGAAGUUUUACUAGACAGGUUCGGUAGCACACAUGAUAUAGCUGAUGCUGCUGCGUUUUUGGCUUCGUACGAAGCUUCUUAUAUAACUGGUGAAACUUUAGUUGUUGCCGGAGGAAUGAAUCCUCGACUCUAAGUUACCACGCUAUACUUCUUUAUCUCACUUAUUUUACAUUAUUUUAAAUUACGUAAGUGAUAAUUUUUUUUCCUAAAUUAUGCAAAAUGAGUGGAACAGAAGAGUAAUAUUAAAACUAUUGUAUAACAAAAGUCUAAUGUGUGACUUGUAGAAGUAUUAACUUUGAGUUUGAAUUGAAUUAUAUUGUGUUUGUUUGGUUUACAUGAUUUUAUCAAAAUUAUAUUGUAAUGCAUUGUAUAUUCCAAUGGGCAAUAAGUAUAUUUAAAGAAUUGUAAAAUUGUGAAGGUUAAUUGUACUUUUAAUUAUAAUUUUUCCCCAACUAGAACUUUUGAUU